AUGACAACUUCCUUUGCUUGUGUUAUUACUUGCAUUUUGGGAGCCCAACUCGCUGUUUCCAAAUCACAAAAUAAAACUCUUGAAAUUCCUACGCUUUUGCCGUGA